AUGGCUGCUUCAGUUACAGGGAUCGCGACCACGAACACGGGCGCGGGUGUGGAGUGGCAUGUGCGUCCUCCAAACCCUAAGAACCCAAUCGUCUUCUUCGAUGUCACCAUCGGCAACAUUCCCGCUGGUCGAAUCAAGAUGGAACUCUUCGCCGAUAUUGCUCCCAAAAUCGCCGAGAAUUUCAGGCAGUUCUGCACUGGGGAGUACAGGUUGUUGUCUUGUGACCCAAAGGUCAUGGCUGAAGUGAUCCCAAUUCUAUCCCCAAACGCUGGAAUGCCAUCCCAUUUCUUAGAACCUGUGGAAUUGUCAGAUCCUGCUGUUUCUUACCAUAUUCACCAAAUGUAUAGGUACUCCAUCUCCUUGCUGCAACUGAAAUCUGCAAUUACUUCUGCCUCCUUGCACCUAAAAGCAGGACUACCAGUUGGUUACAAGGGUUGUCAAUUUCAUAGAGUGAUUAAGGAUUUUAUGAUUCAGGCUGGUGAUUUUGUAAAGUUCAUAUUGUGGAAUGUCAUGAACCAACUCCUCCCAUAUUUCAGAAGUGCUUCCGAUCUCAUUGUGGGUGAUGGUAGUGGAUGUGUUUCAAUCUAUGGGCUUAAGUUUGAUGAUGAAAACUUUACUGCCAAACACACUGGCCCUGGCCUUCUGUCGAUGGCAAAUAGUGGACCAAAUACCAAUGGUUGUCAGUUUUUUAUAACAUGCGCAAAAUGUGACUGGCUUGACAACAAGCAUGUCGUUUUUGGGAGAGUGCUUGGAGAUGGCCUUUUGGUUGUGAGGAAGAUCGAGAACGUGGCAACCGGACCCAAUAACCGACCAAAAUUAGCUUGUGUCAUUGUAGGAUGUGGUGAAAUAAUGAAAAAGAACAUUGGUGUACAUAGUAAUCCUCCAACUGGGGUGGUGUACAUGCAUACGCAUAAAGCCCAAAUUCAAAAGUGGAGCGCGUGCCCGUCACGUGUGUCUCACACGCUCUUUCUUCCAUUUCUCUCGUCCCAAUACACCAGUUGUACUCUAGGGAAGAAUAGAAGCAAGAAGACACGAAAGCGAGCGAGCGAGUUGUGA